AUGAAGUUUUUUAGCAAAAUAAAAAGUAAUAUCUAGAAGGAAGAUCCUUCAAAAUAAUCUAUAGCUUCUGAUGAGCUAAGUUCUCUCAGAGACUCUACAGAGUCUGAUUUAUAGGUCCCAGUUGACGAAAGUGUUCCAUUUUAAGAUUUUGUAAAUAUAGAUAUCAGGUUAAAGAUAAAUGAUUCAGAAGCAAGACUAUUUCAUAGAACAAGGUAUAAUAUAGAAAUUUAAUCUGAAGGAUUUCCUACUAAAUGUGUUUAAAAAAAGAGCUCAGAUUUUGAAGGUUUGCACUAAAUAGCACAACUUUUAUUUCCAAAUGUGGAUUUACCUGAAUUUCCUCGAAAGAUGAGUGUAUUAUCAAAAAAAAAGAGAAUUGAAUCCUACGAAAGUCUUCUUAUGAAGCUUGUAGAAGAGAGCAAUAAAGCCCCUAGCUAAUAAUUAAGAGUGAAGAUAAGAAGAAUCCUUUAUAAUUUUUUAUAUUCAAUUCAUACAUAGAUUGAAGAAGAGCCACUAUCAAGGAGUUAAAGUAAUUAGGAAUCAUCAUAAAUUUAGUCAGAAUAGAGUCAAGCAUCAUCAAGUGAAUUAAAGGAUUAAGUUGAAUAUUAUGAGGCUGAUAACGAGCUUAUAAGCUUAAGACAAGAAAGAAGAAGUAAAAGUUAUUUUUUAAAUGAUAGUACUGCUGAUACUGAAUUAAUCAGUGAUCGAAAUUAAAGCUUUUAAGGUCUUCAUGUGGUAAAGUAAGGUAAAGGAGAUAAUCCGAGCAACUAAGUUGAAAUAAAUUAAAAAUAAGAGCAAUAAGUAAAAAAUCAACUUGACCAUUUUCACAAAUUGGACUAGAAAGAAAAAAGUGGUGUGGGCAGCUAUUUGUAGAUUCUUCAUAGAAAAGAUUCUCUUUCUGAUGAAAUAAGAAAAGAAGGAUAUUUCUACCUAAAUAUUGUAGGGAUCAAAUAACUAAAAAAAUAUUUCUUAAAAAUAUGCUCAUAAAAUAUACUAAUAUACUCUUUAAAUAGCUAAAAUUAAUUUGAGUACUGUAUUCCAUGCAAUUCUUUGUAAGUAAUGAGAGGCUUAGAUAAAGACCAAGAUACUAUAUUUAUAGGUCAUAGAUAUGAUAAAUAUCAGAUAGCAAUAAAACAUGUUGAUGAGUAAAAAGAAAAAAAAGCAUAGUCUCAAAUUAAUGAAGAAAUUAUAAGAACUUAUUAAGAAAUAAAGCACUGUGUGGAAAAUUGUAACAAAGGAACAAAAUAAAAGCCUACAGGAAAAAUUAUAAUGGAAUUAAAAGAGGCUUCUCUUCCAAAAAAUUCAAAAACAGAGAAUUCUACUUUCCAUAUUGUUAUUAAGCAUAUGGAUGUUAAAGUGUUGUUUUACAAAAAGUAAGCCCAAGAAAAUGUAGUCAUUAACUGGGGUUAGAAAGUAAUGCUUCCAAUAUUCGAUAACUAUUCUGAAAUAGAGAUAGAGUUGUAUAGGACAUAUACCUCAGGAAUGUUGAUGGCUACAAGUAAGGAAGAAUUAAUUGGAACUUAGGUUAUUAGAAUCGCAGAUAUUCUUUAUAAUAUUUACUAAUACAAUAGUUUUUUUUUAGAAACUUAGCUUAAUUCUAGCCAAAAACAAGGCUAAACCAAUAAUGCUAAUAAUUAAGCAGUUGCAGAAGAUCUUAAAAUAAAAGUUGUAUUUAAAAUUUCAGAUUUUACAUAGAAAAUGAGUUACUUUGCUAGAAAUUAUGAAGAAAAAUAUGAAAAUUAGAUACUUUCUAAAGAUAAAUACACACAAAAAGAAAGACUUGAAUUUAAAGUCACAAGAAAUCGUAUUAAAGUUAUGAGAUCAAAUCUAAUAUUUAAGUUAAAUAAUUUUAGUGAGAUUCUGAACUUUAAAUACCCAAGAGUUUCAUGGAUAUUUUAUAUUUUUAUGAUAUUAUUUGCUUUGUAAUUCAAUAUGAAUUACCUAUUUAUUUAUUUGAUGUUAUUUUUGAUACUCACUACUUUAUACUGUCAUUCGGAGUUUAGGAGUUAAGUUUAUGAAAAGUUUUAGAAAAGUAUUGAAUAUCUUAUUCAUUAGAAUGAGGACUAUUUUCCAUAAAAAAUAUAAACCUUCAAAGAAUUUGAAUUACAAAAGAUGACUGAUAUUAAUUAAAUAACGAUCAUAUAAAUGGAGGGUAUUUUUAGUAAAGUAAAGAAAUAUAAAAAAUAUUUAGGUUACCUGACCUAUUUAAUGUUUCAUCUUAUCAGUUUUGUUGAGAAAUUAAAAAAUCUAAUUUGCUGGUAUCAUUACUAAAAAACAUAUAUUUUCUUAAUAUAUGCAAGCUUAUCAAUAUUCUUAUACUUAGUUAUUCCUUUCAAUUUAGUCUUUGCAGCAUUAACUAUUAAGAGGUUACUUAAAGGUAUGAAAUUUUAUAAAAUUGUAAAAAAACAUAACCAAAGACUAAUAAGGUUGUUUGUUUAAGAAAUUGUUAAAAAAUUUUUCCCUGAAUUUAGUGACAAUAUAAAGCACCCUGAUAAAGAAUGGCCUUAAAAUUGUUAUACAUUCCUUAGCUUAAAUAAAAAGAUGGUAGAACAAGUUACUCAACUUUUUAAGUUCAAAGUUAAAGAUGAUUUGCUUAUCUAGUAUAAAUCAAUGAAUGAUCUUUGCAACUAUCUAACAAGCACUCAUGAAAUAAUUUAUUUACCGAAAUCUGUUUUGGUUAAAGAUUUUUAAAAUAUUUAAGAUAAAGAAAAAUUUAUAAAAAAGAAACCCCUAAUCAUCAAGGUUUUUUCUCAUAUCUAUUAUUUCAUAUACAAUAUUCCCUCUGAUUACUACAGGGUAAUAUAUCCCUAAUAAUAUUGA